AUGGAAAAGCACUUGGAAAAAGGGAUGGUUCCUAAUGGAGGCAUAGGAUUUAUCUUACCUUGGAAUGGAAUGGAUACAGCAGCAAAUGAUAUCAUCACUGCCAACUGCUUUUUCAUCUUCCGAGACUUCCACGAGAAGCAAGUUUAUGAUGUCCGUUCCAUAUGCAACGAGAACAAUGUGAAAUCAGGGGGAAAAGAAGAAGAAGAAGAAGAAGCUCGAAAUCAUAGGCAGGAUUGA